AUGGCAUUAGAAUCCUUUGCAGGUGGUGGAGGCUAUAUCAUGGGGAAACUAAUCGAGAUUUGGGGCCAAAUCAAAGUCCUGAUUUUGGUGUCAUUGAUAAGAACAUUAAUAAAGAUAGAAAAUCCUUACAAAGUGAAAGAAAUUAAAGAUGAUAUUGAACGUGGGAGCUCGUCCCGUAGUCUUUCGUUGAUACAACUACCCCACUAUUACCACCAACCACCACCCAUCACCCAUCACCGCUACUUACAGCCAUCACCCGCCUCUACCACCCACCACCACCACCACCACCGCCACCCACCCACCAUCACCAUUUAUUCCACCACCCACCACAACCACCCCCACCCACCACCCAUCAAGACCACCACCACCUAUGACCAUCACCACCACCCACCUCCACCACCCAUCACCACCACCCCACCCAUCACCCAUAAAAACCACUAUACAUCACCACCACCACCGGUCACCACCACCCCUAUCACCAACCUCCACCACUUACCCACCACCAUGCACCACAACCACCUAUCACCACCACCCGUCUCCACCACCCGCCACCCAUUAUACUCACUACCCCACAUGUCACUCCCAGCACCCUUAACCACCACCUACCACCACCAAACAUCACAUUACACCACCACCACCAAACAUCACAUUACACCAUCACCACCCGUGAUUAUGUGUAUCUAA